AUGUGGGGAGCUUGUGUGCUGUUGCUGGGCCUCAGGCUACAGCUGUCACUUAGCGUCAUCCCAGUGGAGGAGGAGAACCCAGCCUUCUGGAACCAAAAGGCAGCCGAGGCCCUGGAUGUUGCCAAGAAGCUGCAGCCCAUUCAGACGUCAGCCAAGAACCUCAUCAUCUUCCUGGGGGACGGGAUGGGGGUGCCCACAGUGACAGCCACCAGGAUCCUAAAGGGACAGUUGGAAGGCCAUCUAGGACCUGAGACACCCCUAGCCAUGGACCGCUUCCCAUACAUGGCUCUGUCCAAGACAUACAACGUGGACAGACAGGUCCCAGACAGUGCAGGCACAGCCACUGCCUAUCUCUGUGGGGUCAAGGCCAACUACAAGACCAUCGGCGUGAGCGCAGCUGCCCGAUUCGACCAGUGCAACACCACAUUUGGCAACGAGGUCGUCUCAGUGAUGUAUCGUGCCAAACAAGCAGGAAAGUCUGUGGGAGUGGUGACCACCACGUCGGUGCAGCACGCCUCUCCAGCUGGCACCUACGCACACACGGUGAACCGUGAUUGGUACUCGGAUGCAGAAAUGUCCGCCUCAGCGCUGCAGGAGGGCUGCAAGGACAUCUCUCUACAGCUCAUCUCCAACGUGGACAUUGACGUGAUCCUCGGUGGUGGCCGCAAGUUCAUGUUUCCCAAGGGAACACCAGACCAGGAAUAUCCAGACAACGCUGGCCAGGCUGGAACCAGGCUGGAUGGACAGAACCUCGUUCAAGAGUGGCUGGCAAAGUAUCAGGGAGGAGCCAAAUAUGUUUGGAACCGCACAGAGCUCAUUCAGGCGUCCCUGGACCCAUCUGUGACUCACCUCAUGGGCCUCUUUGAGCCUGAACACAUGAAAUAUGACAUCUACCGAGACCCUACCCAGGACCCCUCCCUGGCAGAGAUGACAGAGGUGGCCGUGCGCAUGCUGAGCAGGAACCCCCGAGGCUUCUACCUCUUUGUGGAAGGGGGCCGCAUCGACCAUGGUCAUCACGAAGUCAUAGCUUAUCGUGCACUGACUGAGACUGUCAUGUUCGACUCGGCCAUUGACAAAGCGGACCAGCUCACCAGUGAGCAGGACACCAUGAUCCUUGUCACUGCUGACCACUCCCACGUCUUCUCUUUUGGUGGCUACACACUUAGGGGGACCUCCAUUUUUGGGCUAGCUCCCUUCAAGGCUCAGGAUGGCAAAUCCUUUACCUCGAUCCUAUAUGGCAACGGUCCCAGUUAUAAGCUCCAGGAAGGUGUCCGGCCCGAUGUCACUGACAAGGAGAGCCGCGACCCCACAUACCAGCAGCAGGCGGCUGUACCGCUGUCCUCAGAGACCCACAGCGGGGAGGACGUGGCGAUAUUCGCGCGUGGCCCGCAGGCACACCUGGUGCACGGAGUGCAGGAGCAGAACUACAUCGCGCACCUCAUGGCCUUUGCAGGCUGCCUGGAGCCCUACACCGACUGCGGCCUGGCGCCCCCUGCCGGCCAGAGCAGUGCGGCGAGCCGGGGCCAGACCUCCACCCUGAUGCUCCUGUUGGCAGAGACAAUGUUGAUGGUGGUGGCAGCUGAGCCCUGAUUACCUAAGCUCACUGGACUCCACCCUAGUACCCCACUGCUGGCUCCAGUGCUUUCUGCUGGUUCUGUUUUCUGGGCUCCACCUGUCCCUCUGGUUUCGUUCCCCACUUCCAUGUUUUCGAAUCUCAUAUCAAACUUGGGCUGCGGGUUGCGGAGACUGCAGCCCCACCUUAGGCUCCAACAGAUCAUCUCACGGAGUGUUAAUCAACCGGCCUCAGACCUGACAGCACUUCCCUGCCUUGAGUACUGAGACAAGACAAACUCCAGUACUUACUGAUCAUGGUAAAACCAUCAGGCAGCCUUGAAGACCCAGUGUCUGAGUCACCAACACUGGACAGCCCCCAUUGCCAGACUGUUGGCUUCUGGUGAACCUUGGACAACAGACCCAGCAAAGCUUUGACACAGCCAUCCACUGAUGCUUAUUAGGCCAUCCACCUUUAUCCAGACUCCUUUAGGAGGCCGGGCACACGGAGAGCCUUGUCCCUACCCCAGCAUCUGGGU